UUCCGUUGAUUUAAAGUUUAAUUCAAUCUUUAACCAGGUGUUGGCACUUUAUGUAUGCUGAAAGUGAUAAAUUAUUUCGAUACCAAUUAACAUCAUGGGUAUCGUACACUUAUAACAAAUGGCACACAAUAGCUCGGAAAAUAACAACAUAAGACAAAAUCUACCCGAACCCGAACCCGAACCUCCAACCACAACUCCUUCGACGACUUUCAAAAAAUGAAGUGGUACUACAGAUCUUGGCAAAGAAUACGAACACUUGGUCAUUUCUUAUCUAAUUCUCAAAUUAAUUAAAAAUGACCAAAUUGAAAUUUUUUUUAUUUCUUCCAACGAUAGCAGUUACGGUGCUUUCGAUGAUGUUGUAUUGGAAGUGAGAUACACAGGAGAAAAACAAUACGAAACGUAUGCUCUACAGUUAAAACACAAAGAAAAUGGCACAUUAAAAAUUCAAGAUCUAACUCAAGCAAAGGGUAAUUUCAGUAUUGGAAAAUAUUUUGAAGACUAUGAGACAAACUUAUCAAAAAGAUCGGCUAAAGUGAUUUUGUUUACGAAUCUUAAAUUUCAAAACGGUUCAGGACAAUUGACAUUGAAUUUGAAAAAUGAGGAAAAGGAGUAUCAUAUCACAGAAGUUCAACAGGGCAAGCUUAAUUUAAUGACAACUUCAGAGGGAAAGGUGUACAAGAUUGAUUCUGAAGAAGCAAUUUUUUUUGAAAAAUUUUAUCUAUAUACUGACCAGCGAAAUGUUGAUGAUUUAAAAAAGAAAUGUUUAUCAGAAUUUGACAACAUUUUUUCUUCUGGAAAAACUGGCUUCAACGAGUACUUAACAUUUAUAACCAAUUGGAGUUUAAAAGUUGGAAGAAAUAAAGAAAAGUUGAGUAAAACCUGGAUUCAAGAAGUUUUGUCGAUGCUCGUGUUAACUCCUCUAAUUCAGCCAUUAGUGUUCGUCUCAGAAGCGACAAGUGAAAAUGCAAAGUUAUUUCAAGACGCUGUUUCAAAGUUCCAAAUUACGAUUCUCAACGAAAGCAGUUACGAAAAAGUCAAAUCUGUUUGGAAAAACGCAACUCAAAAUAUUGAUUUCAAGGAACUUAACAAAAUUAACAGGAAAUACCAGGUAAUGGCGGACAACAUUCUUAAUACAGAAGAAUUAGUAAAGAAAAACGGCACCGAAGUUAAUACGAUUCUUUGGUUGAUGGGCAAAUGUCCCCUAAUAGUAAAAAACGACAAAAAGAUUACCAAAGUUAUAGAUUUGUUAAGUGAUGAACAAAAAUUGAUUAUUCUUCACUCUGGACAGAAGGGGAAGACGGAUUUGCAACACCAAAACUGUUUUCAAAAUUUGGGCAAUAUUAAAUCCGAAGAGAAACUUUAUGAUAAUAUUUUACAAAGUUUUACCUUUUCAAUAGAAGGACAAACACCUGCUUUAUUAAAAGACUUGGUUCGCAUUUGCAAAGAAGUGGAACAUACAGUAACAACGGAUGAUCUUCUGCAAAUGAUGGAAGGAAACUUUGAAAUUGGAAAAUCAGAGGAACUCUCACUGCCACCUUACUACGUGCCAAGAGCUAUGUCUCGAGUCUUGAUAAAUUCGGAAUAUUUGAAUACAUUUUCAAACGACACCUUAGUUAUCAUUAGUUGUGUGACAAAUUUAAAUACCUUCAAGAAGAGAUAUGAAGAAUACAAGAUUGUUGACAUUGAUGAGCAUUUUAAAAAUGAAGAUGUGAAGAAGAAGAAUAAGGAAAGGAAAACUAUCUACAUCACCAGGAAUAAGUGCGUGCAGGAACAAUUUGAUACAUUGUGUUCAAGAUAUCCGGAAAAAAGAAACUGCCACCUUAUGAAAUAUCACAAUUUGUAUUCUUUAGAAUGGAUCAGAAGUUCUAAUGGAGUCAAGGAUUUGCAAAAAUUCAAAAUAUCAAAAGAAGAUCAAGACAUCAAAGAAGUUCAGUUACUUGCAACUUUUUUUAAAGAUAAUUUCAACAUUCAGAAAACAGCAAAUGUUGAUCACUUGCUGGAAAUUGACAGAAUAAGGGACUUUGGCUCAAAAACCUUGUCAGAUUUCCGGCUAAAUAAAACCAAUUCCAUUGAAGAAUCAGAAUUCUUUCGUAAUUCACAUGACAAUCUCAUCAACGUCGUAUGUGAAAAUCCAGGAAUGGGUAAAACAACGUUAAUGAAACGUUUGAAGAAGAACACUUUUUCUUGUCUUUGGACCAUCUUCAUAGUGGCAGGAAACCACGCUAAACACUUUCGGGACAAUCCAAAAGGAGACGUUGGAAAAUUCUUGGAUUAUAUCACGCAAGCCAAUUAUAGAAAUAAUGAAACAGAGAUGCAAAUUUUGCAGAAUUUUGUGUCUAAUAAACAAAUAGUUUUGGUUUGGGAUGGUCUUGAUGAAGUCAGCGAUAAAACUCUGGAGAUUAUAAAGCGUAUUGUACAUGGUGUUUCCCGAAAGAAAAUUACACAGUGGAUAACUUCUAGAAUUAACUUAGAAGAUGUAAUGGAAAGCGAAUUUGGUGUUUUUUGUAGACGCAUUGAACAGUUUAAGAAAGAAGAGUUACAAUCUUUUAUAAAAAAUCGUUUAACCUGUUCAGAUGACGAAUUAUUAAACAUUUUUGAUGAAAUUAAUUUGAACAUUCAACUUGUUCAUUAUAACAGUAUUUUGGAAAUACCAUUACAUAUAGACAUUUUAACAGAAUUACUUAUUAGUGAUAAAGAAACGACUUUGAAUUUGUUAGGAAACAAGGAGCAAAUAUUUUCGGUGAGUGAUAUAUAUCAGCGUUUUGUUGACAAAGUAAUUGAACAAAAUUGUAAAGAAAAAUUUAACUACGAUUUUGAAAAGGAAUCCAUUAUUAAAAAAUUUGAUGAAGAAAAAACAAAAGCAAUUAACGACUAUAAGAAAAUAGCCAUCUAUUAUUAUAUAACAGAAUUAUCCAACAAAACUAAAUGUAGAAAUAUUCUAAAACAAAUAAAAGAAAAAAAAGAUCCUUUCGGUUUUAUAAUAAAAGUCACAGAGGAGAUGUCGCCACAGUUUUCGCAUAAAUCUUUCGGGGAGUAUUUUGCAGCUUUAUAUCUUUCUGAAAAUCUUGAAAAAAUUUCAGAUUUUAUACAGAAUGACAAAUAAGAUAACAUUCGAUUUUUCUUAGAUUUGAUUUUGGCAAAAAAUUCAAAAGCUCAUAUUGCAGUGUUGUAUAAAAAUAGUAUAUUAUUAGAUCACUGUAGUAAUGAAGAUUUAAAUCGUAAAGAUUUACUUGGGCGUAAUAGUUUUGAACUGUCAUGUGAGUGGGAUAAGCGAUAUCCUCUUUUAAAAACGCAAAAACGCAAAGAAUGUUAUUCUAUUUCCAUUACAUUUCCAGUAACUAUUCCUGCAAAAAAAAGAAAAAAAAACAUUUCAAAUUUUCUAAAAGAAUAUGAUGAUGCAGAUUUUAAAUUAAAAAAAAUUAUUCUUUUGUUUCCGUUUAUAGUAACAAGUAAUACAAAUUAUUAUACCGAAAUUGACAAAAUUAAUAUUCCUUCAAUUUUUUAUUAUGCAGUCCAACAUAAUCACGCACUUGUCUUCGAAUACUUUGGACAAGUUCCAUUUAUUCUCAUAAAAACGUUUAUUCCUGAUAUCAUUUGGACACUUUUAGACCUAGCAAUCCACUCAAAGGCAAUUCAUUCGAUAAAUUUCCUUUUGCGUAAUCCACAGUAUCGAGAUCAGUUAAAGGCGAAUGUAAGUCUUUCAUACAUGGUGUGUACCUUAAAGUCAAGCGAAAUGUUAGGGGCUUUCACUGACAGUGGAUGGAAUAUAAAUGAAAUACAUAGCGACGGUAUGGCUGUUGUACAUCUAGCUUGUAUUAGCGCAGACUUAUUAACACUUCAAUUUAUAAUUGAAAAUGACGGAGAUGUAAAUGUUUGCAAUAAAGAUGGUCUUUUGCCCAUACAUUUUGCAUGUCUGAAUGAAAAGUAUGGUUGCGACAUUGUAAAAUUCCUUUUAGGAAAGGGUCAAAGUUUGGAUGUUUGCAAUAAAAGUGGUUGUUUGCCUAUGCAUUUGGCAUGUCAAUAUGGUAGCAUGGGUGUCGUAAAAUUUCUUUUUGAUCAUGGUGCAAAGAUAGAUGAUUGCGAUCAAAAUGGCAAUCGGCCAUUACAUUUCGCAUGUCGGAAUGAAAAGUAUGGUUGCGACAUUGUAAAUUUUCUUUUAGAAAACGGUCAAAGUUUGAAUAUUUGCAAUAAAACUGGUAGCUUGCCUAUGCAUUUGGCAUGUCAAGAUGGAAGCAUAAGCGUCGUAAAAUUUCUUUUUGAUCAUGGUGCAAAGAUAGAUGUUUGUGAUCAAAAGGGCAAUCGGCCAUUACAUAUUGCAUGUCAGAAUGAAAAGUAUGGUUGCGACAUUGUAAAAUUUUUUUUAGGGAAGGGUCAAAGUUUGGAUGUUUGCAAUAAAAAUGGUUGUUUGCCUAUGCAUUUGGCAUGUCAAUAUGGUAGCAUGGAUGUCGUAAAAUUUCUUUUUGAUCAUGGUGCAAAGAUAGAUGUUUGUGAUCAAAAGGGCAAUCGGCCAUUACAUAUUGCAUGUGUGAAUGAAAAGUAUGGUUGCGACAUUGUAAAAUUUCUUUUAGGGAAGGGUCAAAGUUUGGAUGUUUGCAAUGAAAAUGGUCAUUUGCCUAUGCAUUUGGCAUGUCUAUUUGGUAGCAUAAGCCUCGUAAAAUUUCUUUUUGAUCAUGGUGCAAAGAUAGAUGUUUGCGAUCAAGAGGGCAGUCGGCCAUUACAUUUCGCAUGUGUGAAUGAAAAGUAUGGUUGCGACAUUGUAAAAUUCCUUUUAGGAAAGGGUCAAAGUUUGGAUGUUUGCAAUGAAAAUGGUCAUUUGCCUAUGCAUUUGGCAUGUCUAUUUGGUAGCAUAAGCCUCGUAAAAUUUCUUUUUGAUCAUGGUGCAAAAAUAGAUGUUUGUGAUCAAAAGGGCAAUCGGCCAUUACAUUUGGCAUGUCUGAAUGAAAAGUAUGGUUGCGACAUUGUAAAAUUUCUUUUAGGGAAGGGUCAAAGUUUGGAUGUUUGCAAUAAAAAUGGUUGUUUGCCCAUACAUUUUGCAUGUAAAUUUGGUAGCAUAAAUGUCGUAAAAUUUCUUUUUGAUCAUGGUGCAAAGAUAGAUGAUUGCGAUCAAAAUGGCAAUCGGCCAUUACAUUUCGCAUGUCGGAAUGAAAAGUAUGGUUGCGACAUUGUAAAAUUUCUUUUAGGAAACGGUCAAAGUUUGAAUAUUUCCAAUAAAAAUGAUAGCUUGCCUAUGCAUUUGGCAUGUCAAGAUGGAAGCAUAAGCGUCGUAAAAUUUCUUUUUGAUCAUGGUGCAAAGAUAGAUGUUUGUGAUCAAAAGGGCAAUCGGCCAUUACAUUUUGCAUGUCAGAAUGAAAAGUAUGGUUGCGACAUUGUAAAAUUUCUUUUAGAAAACGGUCAAAGUUUGGAUAUUUGCAAUAAAACUGGUAGCUUGCCUAUGCAUUUGGCAUGUCUAUUUGGUAGCAUAAGCCUCGUAAAAUUUCUUUUUGAUCAUGGUGCAAAAAUAGAUGUUUGUGAUCAAAAGAGCAAUCGGCCAUUACAUUUUGCAUGUCAGAAUGAAAAGUAUGGUUGCGACAUUGUAAAAUUUCUUUUAGAAAACGGUCAAAGUUUGAAUAUUUGCAAUAAAACUGGUAGCUUGCCUAUGCAUUUGGCAUGUCAAGAUGGAAGCAUAAGCGUCGUAAAAUUUCUUUUUGAUCAUGGUGCAAAGAUAGAUGUUUGCGAUCAAGAGGGCAGUCGGCCAUUAUAUUUCGCAUGUCUGAAUGAAAAGUAUGGUUGCGACAUUGUAAAAUUCCUUUUAGGAAAGGGUCAAAGUUUGGAUGUUUGCAAUGAAAAUGGUCUUUUGCCCAUACAUUUUGCAUGUCAAGGUGGUAGCAUAAGCGUCGUAAAAUUUCUUUUUGAUCAUGGUGCAAAGAUAGAUGUUUGCGAUCAAGAGGGCAGUCGGCCAUUACAUUUCGCAUGUGUGAAUGAAAAGUAUGGUUGCGACAUUGUAAAAUUCCUUUUAGGAAAGGGUCAAAGUUUGGAUGUUUGCAAUGAAAAUGGUCUUUUGCCCAUACAUUUUGCAUGUCAAGGUGGUAGCAUAAGCGUCGUAAAAUUUCUUUUUGAUCAUGGUGCAAAGAUAGAUGUUUGCGAUCAAGAGGGCAGUCGGCCAUUACAUUUCGCAUGUGUGAAUGAAAAGUAUGGUUGCGACAUUGUAAAAUUCCUUUUAGGAAAGGGUCAAAGUUUGGAUGUUUGCAAUGAAAAUGGUCUUUUGCCCAUACAUUUUGCAUGUCAAGGUGGUAGCAUAAGCGUCGUAAAAUUUCUUUUUGAUCAUGGUGCAAAGAUAGAUGUUUGUGAUCAAAAGGGCAAUCGGCCAUUACAUUUUGCAUGUCAGAAUGAAAAGUAUGGUUGCGACAUUGUAAAAUUUCUUUUAGAAAACGGUCAAAGUUUGAAUAUUUGCAAUAAAAUUGGUAAUAAAGGUGAUAAAAAAGUGCUCAGACAAUAACAAUUGUCGUCGAAGAGUAAACAUUAGUAUUUAAUAUACUAUUAUACUGUUCCAAAGUUAGUUUAUUAAAAUAUUUGUAUGGUGACGUUACGGAUAAUGUGUAAACUUGGCGAGUUUGUAAACUAGCCACACCGUUGGCUAUUUUGAUAAAAAAACGCAGUUUUAACUAAAAUAGCGGCUAUUUUACAUACUAGUCAAGAAUCUUAGCUAAUUUACUUGAAAAAAUAGAGUAGAAAUGUAUAUUCGCAUUUUAACCAUUGUAAGUCUAUUAUAUGUAUGUUGGAUUGUUGGUUGGUUUAUAAAUUAGCUAAAACAAGUAAACAACCAAUGUUUUAAAUUGUUUAUAAACCUCAUUUGGUAAUCAAUCAAGUUAGUCAGCAAGUUGAUUAGUUCGUCAAUUACAAUAGCUAAAGCAUUAGAUGUUUUGCGUGAAGAGAAAGUAUGGUUUUCCGUUUUCAUAUUAGCUAUAGAAUGCCUCGGAUAGUUCAUAAACUAUUGAACUAUUUUAUCUUUCAAGUAAAUUACUAAAUUACCCAGGAUUCUUGGUUAGUUUGUAAACUAUCCGCUAUUUUAAAGUUUCGUAAUCAAAGUGAAAAAUCAUAAACGUGGAUGGUAGUUUAAUCAUUGUUACCGACAGUUGUUGUUGUUGAUCUGUUAAUUUAAAAUUUAAACUAAAUAAGUAAAUGCAUUUUUAUAACCAAUAAUAAUAAUAAUUGACGAACGGUCGAAAUGUUAACACUUCUACUUAAAUUAUUUUUUUAUUCCAAAACUAAGGACAGUUCAAAAAUUUUAUAAGAUACAAAAAUUGUUUGGAAAUAAAGGACCUUUUAAUAAAAAAGAAAUACAUCAUUCAGAUAACGUAUAACAAAAAUAUGUCCUAAAAUGUGUUUAAUUGUUGGUAGGUUAGUACUUUACAACAACAGAAAAAAAAAAUUACAAAUUUUGUCAAAAUCGAUUAUUCCAUUUAUAAAUUACCAAUAAAAAACGAAAAUAAUUUUUAAACUUCGGCGCCUUUUUAAAUUUUAAACGGUGCAACUUGGUAGAGGUUUUAUUUUGACUUGGAGAAUAUCUGCUUUCAUUUUGUCUUCAAUUAUUCGUUACACCCAGUAUAUUAAUAAAUGAUAACAACUGAAAAAUCAAGACUGUCCCACAUCAAGUUGAGCAGAGCGAUGAUGUCCUACACUUAAGGGUGCCAAAGAAACAACGAGACCAUCAAUCAAAACCCUUAAAAUAUUAUUACAAAAUAUGCGGAAGAAGCAUAAGGUUUCAAAUAAUUUCCAGACCAAGGAUCGAUCCAGUUUUAAGCUAAUGGCGAGGGCAGUUAUCUUGAAAUUCCCCUCAGUUGAUGUCAUCUAAAAUAAAAAUUUGUUGCUUUAUUGUUCAUUUUUUUAAUAUAUUGUAAUUUUUUUUUAGUUUAAA